AUGUGCAUCAACCUUCUCCAGCUGGUCCUUGGGGCUUUCAUGCUCCUUUCCGUAGCAUCUUCCAUCAAUCCAAUUUUCGAGGACGUCACUCCUGCCGGAUCGUCUGCUGGGUCUACUACCAGCUCUAUCCCCAGGUCAACAACGACUAAUACCAAGUACUUUACCCAGAAGGGUGUCGGUGCCUUGACCACCGCGGACCUCACCCAAGACGUCAUCGUUAUGCUCGGUAGAGCGGCUUUCACUGCAAUGGCUCUUUAG